AUGCCCAAGUUCCCCAUAGAGCCGAUCGCUAAGCUCACUGGUCAUGGAGGUAUCGUACACGCCAUCGCCUACUCCUCCGGCUCUCAACAGUAUAUGCUCACAGGCUCAUCCGAUCGAACGAUACGCCUGUACAACCCCUCGAAGGCUCCAAUAUCCUCUCAAACAUCUGCCGCUGGACUUAUAAACACAUAUUCCGCCCAUGGCUACGAAGUCUUGUCCAUUGACGUGAAUGCCGCCAACGAGAAAUUUGUAUCGACCGGCGGCGACAAAAGUGUCUUCUAUUGGGAUGUACAAACGGCGCAAACUAUUCGAAGAUGGACAGGCCACAAUGCGCGAGUAAACAAGGGCGUCUUUGCCGGACAGGAUGACAGCGUGGUCGUGAGCGGCAGUUAUGACGGAACUGUAAAGAUAUGGGAUACGAAGAGUGGGAGCUACAAACCCAUCAUGACAUUAGACGAAGCGAAAGACAGUAUAACGGACGUCUGCGUGUAUGACUCGGAGAUAAUUACUGGGAGUGUCGAUGGGAGGGUACGGAGCUACGAUUUGAGGACAGGCCAGUGCCAGGUGGAUGUGAUAGGCCAUCCUGUUACGUCGCUUGCAAUAACCAAGCAGGGAACAGAGCUGCUGGUCAGCUCUCUUGAUUCAACGGUCAGGUUGAUGGACCGGACGAAUGGUCAACUACUGAAGGCCUAUCGAGAUGAAGGCUUUCACAACAAGGAAUUGCGCGUGAGGAGUACACUGGGAUUGAACGACAGUGUAGUCGUCAGUGGGAGUGACGACGGGUUGGUUUAUGUCUGGGACAUGCUGGACGGACACGUUCUGCACAAAUUUAAACAUUCCGAGUUGAGGCAGGUCAGCGGAAGUGCGACCCAGGCGAUGAAGAACAACAAAGACUUUGUCGGAGCUGUCACCUUCUGCAGAGUGAGGAAAGAAUGGGCGAGUGCCGGUGGUGAUGGAAAUGUCGUGGUCUGGGGAAUGGCACAACAAUGA